AUGCCUCCAAAGCGCAAGGCUCCCACCAGCGCAGCCGCUGUCCCCAAGACGCGACAAUCCAAACUUGCAAAGGAGCAUAAUGUGACUGCACAAGAAGAGGGCGAGAUCCGCGAGGCGUUCAGUCUCUUUGCAGAGCCAAUGGACGGCGAAAAGCAUGGAGUCUUGCCUAUUGACGACGUCAAGUCUGCGCUGAUAGCCCUCGGUGUUCCGCCCUCUUCUCACGCAGAGCUCAAAGAAUUUAUAUCAAUCCUAGACCCAGAAAACGACGGCUACGCGACCUUUGAACCUUUCUUCGCCAUCUGCGCCCUCAAAUUCCACACAAGAGAGCACGACUCGGACGCUCAUCGUGCAGAAGUCGAGGAAGCCUUUCGACUAUUCACAAACGGCCAGGAUGGGCCCAUUACGCUUGCACACCUCCGACGUGUUGCUGCUGUGCUCAAAGAGGAUGUUGAUGAGGAACUACUCAAGGAUAUGAUUCUCGAGGCGAACGGUGGCGUAGGUGUUGCUAGGGGAGUGGGCGUUGAGGAGUUUGAUGGAGUCAUGAAGAGUGCUGGUGUCUGGAGGUGA